CGCGGGCCCCCACGCCUCAUGUUUACAACGCGUAACGGUUCCAGGUAAAAGAGGAGGAGCGCAUUCGUCGUUUUUCUUGGCUCGCCCGGGGGAGGCGGGAUGUUAAGGGGGGUGUGCGUGACGGGGUGACACGGUGCGGGAAACUAGCGAACGCUUUCACAGGUUGAUGAUCUGUAGCGCGACACCAGCAGAAGUGACCGACGUGAUCGUUUGCGUUUAUAAGCUACUUGGAGCGACACGGGUUUCUCUUCUAAAGGAGGAAUAGGCGGCGCCUGCUACUUCCUGAGAAAUAAAAUACAGCUCCUAACCAGAAUGAGACAUUUUAACGUUCGCAGGUCGGGGUUCAUCCGCUGAAGUUGACGCACGGACUCCGGCUACAAAGCGGGCGCGUCGUCCGUCAAGUCCGCGCCGUCCGUCUCUCUCGCGCUCUCCUUUUGACAGACAGCCAAUCGAAUCUGUUAUUUAAAUUCGCGCUCUUAUGUCAGUGACCUAUUUCCCACGCACGUGCGCCGCCGAGAGCCCACAGUAACCUCGCUUGCCAGACCACACAGCAUGGAACUCAAGGCGCAGCCGUCCCGGCCGGAGGAGACAGCUGCUGACCCGGCGACGGAGCGGGGCGUCGCUGCUCCUCCCCCCCCCCACGACGACCGGCCGGGCGACGGGCCGCCGGGCGGAGAGCGCAACGCCGCGCCGGAGAACAGCUCCGCGCAGUUGCUCGAGGCCGGCUCCAAACCGGCCCCGUCCCCGGUGACCGACUCCGAGUCGGCGGUCCAGGUGGAGGAGCACGGCGGAGGAGGAGGAGGAGGCGCGUUCGUUCCCCCCGAGGGAGGCUUCGGCUGGCUGGUGGUUUUCGCGGCCACUUGGUGCAAUGGGUCCAUCUUCGGCAUUCAAAACUCGUUCGGCAUCCUGCACAUGAUGCUGAUGAAGGAGCACGCGGACCCCGACGACAAGACGUCUCAGUUCAAAGUGGCAUGGGUCGGGUCGCUGGCCAUGGGCAUGAUCUUCUUCUGUUCACCUGUGGUCAGCAUGUUCACAGACCGCUUCGGCUGUAGGAAGACGGCCGUCAGCGGGGCUCUGGUGGCUUUUAUAGGGCUGCUCAGCACGUCCUUUGCAAACUCCCUGAGCCUUCGCUAUUUCACUUACGGCAUCCUGUUUGGCUGCGGCUCCUCCUUCGCCUUCCAGCCCUCAUUGGUCAUCCUGGGCCACUACUUCCGCCGCCGCCUCGGCCUGGCCAACGGCGUGGUGACGGCCGGUGCCAGCCUCUUCUCCAUGGGCCUUCCGGUUCUCCUCAACAUGGUGGUGGAACCUCUGGGCCUCAGCAGGACCUUCCAAAUUCUCAGCCUCUUCAUGUUGGUCCAGGCCUUUCUGGCGCUGAUGUUCAAACCUUUACUGCCUGCUGGAGGAGGCAUGGGACCCCCGGGCAUGGGUCCCCGCCCCGCCAAAGCCCAAACCCAGCCAGGAGCCGCCGCUCUGGAGGGGAACAGGUGGAGCAGGGUUCUGGGUGGCGUCAGGAAGUACUUCAACCUGCGUGUGUUCCACAUCUUGACAUACCGGUUGUGGGCGUUCGGAGUAGCAACAGCUGUUCUGGGGUACUUUGUGCCGUAUGUCCAUCUGAUGAAUUUUGUGAAGGAGCAGUUCCAGGGGACCCAGAAGGAAUGGGUGCUACUGGUAUGCAUAGGAGCCUCAUCCGGGGUGGGACGCCUCGCUUUUGGGAAAAUCGGAGACCUCAUUCCUGGUCUGCAAAAGAUCUACAUGCAGGUGGUGUCCUUCAUGGCUCUGGGCCUGAUGUCCAUAAUGAUCCCUCAGUGCUCGGCGUUCGAGGGGCUGGUGGUCGUGUGCGUGGUCUUGGGGCUGUGUGACGGCUGCUUCCUCACCAUGAUGGCGCCCAUAGCCUUCGAGCUGGUCGGGCCCAUGCAGGCCUCGCAGGCUAUAGGCUACCUGCUUGGCCUUAUGUCUCUUCCCAUGACUGCGGGUCCACCCAUUGCUGGUCUCUUGCACGAUUACUUUGGGAACUACACGGUUGCCUUCUCUCUGGCCGGGGUGCCUCCCUUAGUGGGAGGCGUGGUGCUGUUCUUCGUGCCCCUGAUACACCGCAGGCUGCAGGCAGCGCCAUCCUCGGAAGAGACGUCCACCACCGCCCACAUGCUGCCCACCUCAACACCUGCGGGGGAGCCCAAGACCUGCUGCAACGGAAACAUCCUGCCCGGCUACACCGACGUGGAGACCCACAUCUGAGUCGCACCGUGCAAAGGGAUUCAGCCCACCAGCACCUUUUCUCAUCCCUUGGAAUUCCCCGCCUUUCCACCAUGGACUUCCUGCCGCCUGACAUUUUAACCCUCUGGACUCUCACGGGCUGUUUGUUAUUUUCACGUGGAGAGAAAUCAAAAAAGGGCGCUGCGGCCACAAGCUCCUGAGAGGACAAAAGAAGGCACAGCGUAGGACGAUGGUAAUGAAAGGAGGAGGAAAAGCACAACACAAUUAAGGAUCAAUUAGGAUUGUUCAACCUGUGGGGACUCUGUAGUAACACACACCUCCAAGAGGAAAAAAAUUAAGCGAUUUGAGACAGUGUUUAUUUUGCUGUUUUAUCUUUUUGAAGCUCUAAAAUCACUAUGCUUUGUUUCCAAAUUCCAUAUAAACACACUGUAACCAUAACAAAAACGAGUGAGGGUAGAAAUUCACACUUUCCUUGUAGAGUUCUUCGUGCAUCUGCUUUUUUCUUUCAACACAAUACAUUUUAAUGCAGUUUGAUUAGCUAAACCACAAUCCCCUCGUUAGGGAUUUGCUUUAUCGUAUUCUGCCGUGACAGCAACAAGAAAAAAAACAUCCGUCUGUUGCUGUCAAUGUCCUAGGAUGAAACGGACAAUCAUUCUGAGGGAUCAGCCCCCAGUCACAACCGCACACUGUAAUCACACCCAGGGUCCAACAUACUGCAGCAACUUCUCUACCAGCACGGGACGCAGAUGUGUGAUGCUGGAUCGGUCCCGCUGAUCCACGUGCCACAAACCCUGGUUGGAGUUUUUUUCACAGUUCUGACUUAGUCAAAGUCAGUGACUUUGUGGCAGGUUUUUUUAUGCAAUCAGAAGGGGACGAGUCGUGAGGUCUGUGCAUCUGCUCCCGGAAUCCGUGGAACGCUGCAGUUGAUGCGAGGUCGUUACAGCCUUAACACUCAACGUUUGUUCUUUGUUUUUUUGUUUUUUUACAAUCAUCGCACUCUACAGUUAUUAUUGGCCUUUAAAAGUUGAAUCAGGGGCGCUAGACAAAUCUGCAUAAACUGUGUUUUGUAUGUCUUUGAAAAAGUAUUCACAGUAGUUUUUUGUAGCGUGGACACUGUGGUAGAUGGAGGUUAGAGGGUAUAUUUUUAAUCUUAAUCUGUGGGCAGAUCUGCACCUAAAAGCAGUUCCUACGUUACAACCUGAGGGGGGCUACUGGGAUAAAGCUGCCAAACAGCCUGAGCCCUCGUCAGGCCUUUCUACAGAUAAUCUCAUUCGUUUGCUGCUUGUUUAGCUUCGUGUCCCGAGGGCGUCACAGAAAAUGGUCACAGUUCCGGCAGUUCGCUUCUUAAUUAAGUUUUUUAAACGUUUGGACGACUUACCUCGGCACUUUUAGAUAGCAAGUUCUUUUGAACGAUCAUUUUUAACAAACAUGUGACGCAAUCACAAUGUUGAUAGAUUCAUAACUGAGUGACAGAGAGGGAAAUUGGUGAGGAAGGAAAUGCCCCGGUGUUAUGCGGGUAGGCUUAUCCUCUCUGCCAACUCCCCUCUCCGUGGUCACUGCCGCUUCUCAGCGGGCUCCUGUGUUGCAACACAUUAGAGCCUAAAAGCAGCACAAACCUCGUUGCCGCGUGUACUUUUUGGGGGGUAAUGCUGUUGGUAAAACUGUUCUGAAUAGGACACAUACAUCGAUACCUCAGUUAUCAAACAAUCCUCAGCAAUCCGAGGAACGAGUUCUUUAUUACUUUAUUAUUUCAGUCUUCGGUGUCGUGGUUUUUGUUGUUGUAAUUUGAAUCAGGUUUCAGAGCCACAAAGCUGCAAAAACGCCUGUUUUCAAUAAAAGCGCGUCUGUGUAGGAACCACAGAGGUGUGAAAAUGUCAAACUUCCAUCCCCUUUAAUCUAAAACAGCUGGUGCGAAAACCCAUGUGGAGAUUGUUCUUUACAAUUUAAAUCUGCCUUUGCGUCCUCUUCAUCGUUCCCUCACCAUUCCUGCUCUCCCUCACUUCUACCUCCACAUUAUUAGCUUGUCUUUAUAACGCGUCUUUUCUCUGUCAGUGCAGCUAUAUAAAUGUCUAAUGUCCUUAACGUAAGUCAAAGAGACACUAAACCGUGAGCAGUGGAGAACCAUGUAAUGGUUGAAGCAUGUUUGGAAGUAAAAGCACUUGGGCCUCUAGUUUGACUGAGGUGGUUUUACAUUUUAUUGGCAGACCUAAAGAAAUGGUAGUGGUUGUUUUUAAAAGUCUCACUGCUUGAGUUGUCUACUCACCAGAGAGGUAAGCUAACUAGUAUUAUACGUCCUUUGAGGUUUUAGGUUCAUCGGCCUUUCUUGGCGAUCAAAUGACAUAAAUGUUAAACAUGAAGCUCCUGAUAACAGUGUUCAAUUGAAACGUAAAAAUAAAGACACCUCCUACUUUUACUGGCAAAUUAUAGUGUUUUAUUUAACAUAAUCACUAUGCUGCUGCCUAAUCAAUUGUGAUUCACUGAUAUUUAUUUACUUUUACUUAUUACAUUUUUUUGUUAUAGAGGUCGCAAAGGUCACAAUUUCUCUUUAUGAAAUUGCAGAAUUCCAUGACACAUCCAUAAAUAACUAAAAACCCAAUUCGGUCCAAUUGAAAAGCAUUCUCCAACGAUGUAAACGUUUUUACAGAAAUAAGUUGGAGGCAAGAAUUCGAUGAACCACUUCAUAUUGAAAUUCUGUUACUUCUCACUGAGCUGAAUGAGCUUUAAUUUACUGCUGUCACACUAAAGGCCUGUUUCACUAAAGUCUCUGCAGGCCGUAGUUAAGGACUUCAGCCUCUCUGUUAACUACCUGCAAGAAGCUGAUUGUGUUUCUCUACACAAUAUAUCUUAACAACCUUAAAUAUAAUAGUUUUUUGUGUUUUUGACUGUGAAUUAUAAUGUUUUACCCCAAUUCCUUUGUGCCAAAUGUCAUCACCUGGUUAGCAAGCAGGUUAACAUGAUUCUUUUUUUAACCAAGCAACGACUAGAAGCAGGACAUUUGAUCAGGGUUUCUAGAUUUAAGAUUAUGAAGUGAGCUUUUCUUGUUUUAAAUGAGUCAUUGCUUAUUUUCCAUCCUUUUGUUAGUGGCCUCCUUUCUUAAUUUGACCCGAGUCAGCAGACUCACCCAUUUUCUGUUUCUUUUUAUGCACACUGUUAGAGAAAACUGAUGUAUAUACCAACAUAUGUACUUUAUACUGUACACUUUGUAAUGGUUUUGAUUAACCAUGAACCUUUUUGUUUUUAUUUGGUUAGUGGCUACUGGAAACCGUUGUUUGUUCUGUUCACAUUUGAGAUUAUAUGAAAAAAAAGUGACGUGGGUUAAUGAAUGAAGAACGACACGGUGCGUCUAUGGAACCAGUGUUUCUAAAGUGUGUUUGUCGGUGCGGCGUUGCUGGGCUCAAGUCAAUCUCCUGUGACCGCUUCGCUUUCUGUCGUCACGUCGAACUCCAAACUAUGAAUUUUUAUUUCCUUCAGUCCUUCGGUAGCUUUGGGACCAGCUAAACCUGCAGUAGAGCCCUUUACCUAAACUAAAAACUGACACUUAAUGCUUUUAAGUCUUUGUUGGACUUUGGCCUUUUCUCUCUUUUCUUCUGCUGCUUGCUUGUGGUAUGCAGGUCAGCUGCAGGGAGGCGCACACUCUUUGCUCUCUGGGUUGUUGCAUUCUUCCAAAGUAUGUGGACAAAAAACAGGUCAAAUGAACAAGAAUCCAAAUGUUUACUCACUCAUUCCGUUUGUGAAGUUAUUCUAAGGCUUUACUUCUUUUUGCCUGCUGUCAGUAAAGUCUCACCUUUUUUUAGACUCUCUUAUACUGCUACUUACAACCUCCAGUCAACACUUUUAUUCUGUGUGAGGAAAAGGUUUUACUGCUUUCGAUCACACCUGAAUAACAUCUUUACGCAUUGGUUCUAGAAAGCCUGUUAGCUAUAAAUACCUCUAACCAUUUCUGGUGAAGUAUAUUUCUGCAUGGUGUCAUGGCAACACUUGACCCAUGCCUUCGCACAGCUUUACAUGAUCAAAUAUUAGUAAUAUUUCAGUGCUAGGCUUUGCUAAACAUCUAAGGUCGCUAACCUCCAUUACCUCUCUUUACUUCUUAAAGCCCUCGCUGUCCUCACUUACCUUUUCAUAUAAAUACAAAUGUCUGUUUUUUUUUAUAAAGUAAUUCUGAAUCAGUGUCAAAUGAGGCCCAUUUUUGUAUUAAACCAACAAUAAAGAUGGAAUAUGAAAGCAA